UAGGCGCCAUCACCCAAACAAACCAUGGCGGAGAAAGUCGCUGAAAAGUCUAAACAGAGAUUAACAGCGGCAGAGACGCAGCUCCUUCGCCGCCGACAAGAGUUGGAUUAUUGGAAGAAGUAUGCAGCGCGGAUCCGCAGCAGGAACCUUGUGACCGGCUUGUGUAUUGGCGCGUUUGUGGUCGGGAUGUUUGGUUACACCAUCCUCUCCGUCAAGCAGGAGAGAAUCCUGGACGAAAUAGACGAUGAAGCCAGGAUCCACAUCAUCAGUGGUCCGAGGACUGGUGCCAACUCCUGAACAAGAGCUUACUGCCUCACAGGGCUCUUGUACAACUGAAAACUACAUGCUGACAUAAUUUGUGGUUGAUGAUGCUGUUUGAUGGCUGCCUCCGUUUGGCUUUAUCACAUGACACUUGUUUAUUAUUUGGCGGUUGCAUUGUCAAUAUCGCUCAUCAAGCAAGCCUAUCAUUAUAAUGCUCUACUAUCAUAAAUUUACAAACCACUUAUGAACAUCAAUGGAGAAGCUACCUUGAAAUGGUAUUCACUAACAAAUACUUUGUUCUAAGUUGGUGAAAUUGUUAUUGUCACACAUCUGACAUGCUAUGCUGUGAGUAUUGUAAUAAAAAUAUAUGUAUCUAUUAAAAGAUUUAGCAUAUUUUCUAUUAGUUUUUUUUACCACAUUAAGUGAUAAAACAUUUUUUACACCAUUAUGCACUAAAGGAAAUAUUGUAGUGCAGAAUAUUUUUCAUUUAAAACUGUUAUUCAUGCAGGUAAAACAAUUUAACAGAUGCUCAUUUGAAAUCCUGG